AGCCACCGAACACAAAAUGAAGAGGAAAAAAAAGAAACAAUGGAAGGCAGCCAAAGCAAAGCCAUAAUCAGCAGCCGCCUGCAAAUCAUAAAGCAAAAAUCAGGAAAAAGCUACAAUCAAAUAGCAGAAGAAACCGGCUUAACCAACGUCUACGUGGCUCAGCUCCUCAAACGCCAGGCUCAGCUCAAGCCGGAAACGGCGGAUAAGCUAAGGGCAGCCUUGCAGGAGGAGCUUCUUCAUGAGAUCAUGAAACCACCCUUGCGGUCAUAUGAUCCUAACCUUAUCCAGGAACCCACUGUUUACAGGUUGAAUGAGGCGGUGAUGCAUUUUGGUGAGAGCAUAGAGGAGAUUAUUAAUGAAGAAUUUGGCGAUGGGAUCAUGUCUGCUAUAGACUUCUACUGCUCCGUUGACAAAGUUAAAGGCGUGGACGGGAAAGACCGUGUUGUCAUCACGCUCGAUUGGAAGUACUUACCAUACUCCGAGCAGAAACCUGAGCAUAUGGUUUCAAGAUUAAAGCAGCAGCAACGAAGCUGAUGAACAGUUUGAUGAUGCUGUGAUGUGCAACUUGGAGCUUCUUGUUGAA